AGCAACGUAGGGGCCAGGAAGGAGGUCCGAAUGCGCGGCCACCGCUCCACACAGUUCUGCAGUCCCGUCGCCUGGACCAGUUCCAGCCGCUAAGUUCUUGUAGCCAGGUUGGCGACUCCGGAGGCCAGCGGGGGGACACCACAACUAGGACCCAGAGGGGUCUUCCCUGUCCGGGCCACCAGGCAGAUCACGCGUCCUAGCCGUCAGCGACUGAGAAGCAAUGGUCAGCGGGGGGCACACAUCGGCGCGGCCUUUACCGGCCGACCCCCAGAGCAACCUGGCCUGGAACUGGGGGCAGAUCCCAGUCGGCGGGAGCCGGCCCUGAAGCCGCGCCACGCCCCCUCCCCAACGGACCAGGGUGGAAGCCGGAGUCGCAUCCGCUGGCCAAGCAGAAGCGACUCUGAGCCGGUCCCGCCGCUUUAGCGCGUCAAGGAGAACUCCAGGGCGGGAGGGGGCAGCGGCAACGAUAAAGAGGAUUCGAAACCAGGACUCUGGACGGACGUGGGAGAGCUGGCUCGGCAGCAGCGGCUGUAGCUGUGCUCGGGGGAGCCGCACGGCCAAGGGCAGCGCGUGGUAGUCAUGGGUGAACCUGCCGCCCGGUGCCCCGGAGCGGGCUGAGCGCCUGACUCGGCGCUGCCUCACUCGGUGUGCGUGAGUCGCCGGCACCCACGGCCGUCCGGAGCGACACUGUCCCCGGGGGCCGGGCCAUGGCCGGCCGCGCUUGCAGCUGCGGCCUGGGCCACUUGAAUGAGGACAACGCGCGCUUCCUGCUGCUCGCCGCGCUCAUCGCGCUCUACCUGCUGGGCGGCGCAGCCGUCUUCUCGGCGCUGGAGCGGGCGCACGAGCGCCAGGCCAAGCAGCGCUGGGAGGAGCGCCUGGCCAACUUCAGCCGCGGCCACAACCUGAGCCGCGACGAGUUGCGCGGCUUCCUCCGCCACUACGAGGAGGCCACCCGGGCCGGCAUCCGCGUGGACCACGUCCGCCCGCGCUGGGACUUCACGGGCGCCUUCUACUUCGUGGGUACCGUGGUGUCCACCAUAGGGUUUGGGAUGACAACACCAGCAACAGUAGGAGGGAAAAUCUUUCUGAUUUUUUAUGGCCUCUUUGGAUGUGCCAGCACCAUCUUGUUCUUCAACCUGUUCCUGGAACGCCUAAUCACUGUCAUUGCCUACAUCAUGAAGUCGUGCUACCAGCGGCAGCUGCGGAGGCGAGGGACCCUGCCCCAGGACAGCCUAAAGGACCCAGGCAAAUGUAAGGUGGACAGCAUGGCUGGCUGGAAGCCCUCCGUGUACUAUGUCAUGCUGAUCCUGUGCACAGCCUCUGUACUCCUUUCCUGCUGUGCCUCGGCUCUGUACACCCCCAUGGAGGGCUGGAGCUACUUGGACUCGCUCUACUUCUGCUUUGUAGCUUUCAGCACCAUCGGCUUUGGGGAUCUGGUGAGCAGCCAGAAUGCCCAAUAUGAUAGCCAAGGACUCUACCGCUUCGCCAACUUUGUCUUCAUCCUGUUGGGCGUCUGCUGCAUCUACUCCUUAUUCAAUGUCAUCUCCAUCCUCAUCAAACAGUCUGUGAACUGGAUCCUGCGGAAACUGGAUGGCAGGUGCUUCCAACAGUGCCAAAGGAGACUCUUACGGUCACGGAGGAACGUGGUGAUGCCAGGCAACAUGCAGAACCGCUGCAACAUCUCCAUUGACACCGACGGGGUGAUGGAGAGUGACACAGAUGGGCGGCGACUCUCAGGGGAGAUAAUCUCAAUGAAGGACUUCUUGGCGGCCAACAAGGUGUCAAUGGCUGCACUCCAGAACCAGUUGUCUGAAGCAGCCAACGGCUAUCCACACCAGGCCAGCAUGCAGCCCAGGGAAAGUGAAUUCUCAGCGGGGGUGGGAGCCCUAGCAAUCAUGAACAACAGGUUGGCAGAGACAAGUGGGGACAGGUAGAAAUACAACAAGGUCACUGACUGUGGAGGCCCAGGGGAGAAAUGAAAGGGAAGGAACAGACUCAUUCAUGCGCAUCAGCUCUGUUCAUCAGGGAGUGGUUCCUCAGCCUCCUCCAGCCUCGCUGUACAAAUCUGACCUUGGCCCAGGCAGCAGAAGCCACCUGCCAGGGCCAUGGGAACCUGAUGCCUCAAUGCCUUCUCCUUAUCUUUAUUCUUUAGGUCUAAAUUCAGUCUUUUCAAGAUGGUCACAAAAGCCACGUAAGAUGUGGCAUUGUUUCUUUUCUUGCUUCCUCUGGAGGCUCAGCUGCUGGCGGGAGGUAGCAGUUGUUUGAUUUCUCUGUUCUCCAUCUGGAAUUGAAAGCCUAAAGAUUCUCAUUUUCCACUGGAACUCUAAAUACCUGAAUUCCCUGUCUCGCCCCACCCUCCCAAAGUUGGGGGCAUGGGAACGUUCUUGGCGCUGGACAGCUUUGUCAGUGGUCCUGCUAAUGGAGGAAAACCUGUUAUAGAUGCUUGCUCCUGUUGUGUCUCACCCUUUUCCCUUUGUUAAGACCUAGGCGAAGGCAGCUAUGAGACCUCAAUGUGGAAAGAAAACUAAAUCCAGCUUCAGAUCUUUCAGAUGUUGCGAGGUAGUGGAGCAGGUCCAGGAGAAGGAGUGGGGGCACUUCGUAGCUGAUGGGCACAGCUUGCAGUUUGCUCUCAGCAACUCAUUUGUACCAGGGCUUGAGGCGGUUGCAAUGGUAGUGACUAUUUAUCAGUACUGGAAAUUUAAUAAAUCAUUGUUUUUAUUAACUAAGAUUCGACAAGUACUCAUUGUAGACAAUGGAGGGAAAGCCCCUUAUUAAACUGACGUUGGCUGCGCUCGGAGUAAAAGGAAACAGGAAGCAGACCUUCGGGGUGUGAGCGUCACUUGGAAGCCUGGCAGGAGAAGCACUCUAGGCCAGGUCAUGGCCUUGGGCUUGUCUUGGCUGAUCCAGCUCAGUUCUGUAGCUCAGUUGCAUCCCAGGACUGUGACGGGGCCAGUUCUAUUGAUGUGUAGGGCAGUCAAGCCAUCUGAGCUGGAAGCUAAGGCUGUUGACCUCCCUUGUAUACGCAAUAGAGGGCAUCCAGAGGGCAUGACAGCAGUACGUGGUGUGCACUGGGGAGCUGGUUUUAAAGAUCAAGUGAUGUGUCCAGCCCUUUUGGAGAGGAUCCCAAGAGACAGCCCUGCUAAGGCACCUGGAGCUCCAAUCCUAAGCCUGGUGACCCUGCCACG